GCAAAAACGACUCAUCAAAAUCUGGCGAGACGAGCUUCACGAUGCUCUCGGAAAAUGCACAAAAACUGAAACCCGUACUCAACUUCUGGAAGCAAUCCAUCAACUUUGUGGGCAACCGGCUCAAAUUUUCAGCGACGAGCAGCGCAAGGAUCAGGCAACUCGCUGA